AGAGAGAGAGGGAGAGAGAGAGGAGAGAAGGAGGAGGAGGAGGGGGCGCUGAGAGACGCCGAUGCUCUGAGAUUGAGAAUGGAUCGGCAGUGAGAGACUGAGCGAGAGAGUGAGAACACAGAGAGCGUGUGUGCCAGUGCAAGAGCGAGCUUUUUCACCAUCAACAGGAGAGAGCGGCUGUCGGACAACAACACAAGAGUGACUUAAAGACAGACAAAAAACAGGAGGACGGGAAAGACGCACCGAGAACAAGAGCCAAGACGUUUUUGAAAAAAAGCUUAAGAAACAUCUGUCCAAUUAGACUGAGACAGACCCCACUUCUUAUUCCACUACAGGGACUGGCAGAGGGACUGUCAGCACCCAUCCAGAAGCACUACAUCAGUGGUGGUGCUGCUCCAACUUUCUCUCUUCCUACACACACUGUUUUUGAGGUCCCUCUCCCGCGGCAGAGAUGAUCCUUCGGGUCUUCCUCCUCAUCUGUCUCAUGGGUCACGGAGUAGGAGCCAGGUUCGCCCAGGAACCCCAGGAUCUGGUGGUGGUGGCCGGCCAGCCAGUCACCCUGCCGUGCUCCAUCCCUGGGUACCAUGGUGUCGUGCUCUGGAUCAAGGAUGGCUUGGCCCUGGGUGUAGGAAGAGACCUCUCAGGCUACCCUCGCUACACAGUGGUGGGGGACCACAGCUCGGGCGAGCACCACCUCCGCAUCCAGCGCGUGGAACUGAUGGACGAUGCUGUGUUCGAAUGCCAGGCCAUCCAGGCAGCCAUGAGAUCUCGUCCAGCCCGCCUCACAGUUUUAGUGCCUCCUGAGGACCCGGUUAUCAAUGGAGGACCGGUGGUGAGCCUGCGCGCCGGAGACCCCCUGAAUCUGACCUGCCAUGCCGACAACGCCAAACCUGCCGCCUCCAUCAUCUGGAUACGCAAUGGAGAGGUCCUCAACGGGGCCAUGUACUCCAAGACACUUCUCCGAGAUGGGCGGCGAGAGAGCACCAUCAGCACACUGUACAUCUCGCCCUCCAACAUCGAGUCCGGACAGCAGAUCAUCUGUCGUGCCGCAAAUAAGGCCGUUCCCAAUGGCAAGGAGACCAGUGUCACCAUCGAUAUCCAACAUUUGCCGCUGGUCAAUCUGUCGGUGGAGCCACAGCCAGUGUUGGAAGGCAACCUUGUCAGAUUCCACUGCUCCGCCAAGGCCAAUCCCCCAGUAACACAAUACAGGUGGGCCAAAGGAGGCAAUAUAAUCAAAGAGGUAUCGGGAGACACCUAUGAAGUCGUCGUCGACCACUCGUUCUUCACUGAACCCGUCUCCUGUGAAGUGACCAACCCCCUGGGCAACACAAACAUCAGUCGCAAUGUGGAUGUCUACUUUGGGCCUCGUAUGGCCACUGAACCACAGUCACUGCAGGUGGACCUGGGUUCUGAUGCUGAGUUUAACUGCGCCUGGACAGGAAACCCCUCCCUCACGAUUGUGUGGAUGAAGCGAGGAUCCGGAGUGGUGCUGAGCAAUGAGAACAUCCUGACUCUGAAGUCGGUGAGGCAGGAGGAUGCUGGGAAGUAUGUGUGCCGUGCCGUGGUCCCUAGGGUUGGGGCGGGCGAGAAGGAGGUCUCGCUCACGGUCAAUGGCCCUCCAACCAUCUCCAAGACACAGACAAAACAGGAGCUUCACGGGGAGAAGGGACAGAUUCAGUGCUACAUAACCAGCACUCCUCCACCAGACCGCAUUGCCUGGUCCUGGAAGGAGACAGUGCUGGAGUCGGGCACGUCUGGCCGUUACACGGUGGAGACGGUGAGCACGGAAGACGGCGCCAUCUCCACACUGACCAUGAGCAACAUCGUGCCCGCCGACUUCCAGACCAUCUACAACUGCACUGCCUGGAACAGCUUCGGCUCUGACACCGAGAUCAUCCGACUCCAGGAACAAGGUGGGACCCAAGCGUCCGUGCCGGUGGCUGUCAUCAUCGGAGUGGCAGUGGGGGCUUUCGUGGCCUUCAUCGUUCUCCUGGGGACCAUCGGAGCGUUCUGCUGCACCCGCGCCCAGAGGAAGGACGCACACCUGGUUAUGCCCUCACUGCCCGUCUCCAUCUGUGCUCAGCAGAGAGAACUUGCCAGCAAAAUUAAGACAGAAAACCUGAAAGGGGUGGUCUCAGCCAAGAAUGACAUCCGCGUGGAGAUUGUUCACAAGGACCACAAUGCAGCCAGGGAGAAUGAGGAACAUGCUGCCAUGAAGCAGCUGAUGAUUGAGCGGGGUGAGUUCCAGCAGGAGUCUGUUCUGAAGCAGCUGGAGGUCCUGCAGGAAGAGGAAAAAGAGUACCAGCAUAUUAAGGACCCAACCAACGGCUACUACAGCGUCAACACCUUCAAAGAGCACCACACCACCCCGACCAUCACCCUGGCGAGCAACCAGACCACAGAGAUGCGCACCCCGUCCACCUCCGCCACGGUGGGCAAGCAGCGCGUGCCCACGGGCAUGUCCUUUACCAACAUCUACUCCACGCUGGGCGCGGGCCCCAACCGUCUGUACGACUACAGCCAGCGCUUCGUGCUGGGCAUGGGCAGCAGCUCCAUUGAGUUGUGCGAGCGCGAGUUCCAGCGCGGCUCGCUCAGCGACUCCAGCUCCUUCCUAGACACGCAGUGCGACAGCAGCGUGAGCAGCUACAGCAAGCCGGAAGGCUACGUGCAAUUCGACAAGGACAGCAAGGCUUCCGCCUCAUCCUCCUCGCACUACUCCCAGUCGUCCUCGCAGAACUCGGACCUCACAAGGCCCCUGCAGAAGCGCAUGCAGACGCACGUCUGACCUGGCGGGUCUGACCGGGGGAGGCAUGCUCGAGCUGAGCUGUGGAGGGGGAGGGCAUAGUUGACUGCUCCAGGGCUGCAAGCCAGCAUUAGGGACUGGCCAAAUAAGGGAGGCUAGGGGGGGAGUUAACCUCCACGUUAAGCACAUGAGGUGUGUUGUUGGGGGUUUCUGGAGAAUUAUGACCCAACGUCAAGAGGACCUGACCAUCUUCCCCUGUUCUCCGAGCUUAUGUUUCAAAGAAGCCUUACAUCCCCCACAAACCUCCUGUUCUCACUUGAGACCCUGCAAGCCAUCAUCAUCUUUCCCCACUUUUUUUCCCACAGCAUUUCAGCUCUGUAGGCGCACAUCUUUUUACUCUCCGUGCCAUGACACCAUCGUACGCUGAAGAAAAAAUGUCAUUGAAAAAGCCUGUUAGCUUUCUAUUUAGCUUAAUGUCUAUGGGGUCUCUGUGAAUAGAAAGGACACUAGCCUGCCAGUGCAUAAUGUCAUUAACGACAGUCUAUUAGAGACCCACAAUACCUGGGGAGAGGAGAGGCUCGCAGUCCGAGGAAAUACUACUACUCUUUCUUCCCCUGAAUCUCCUCCUCUGUGUCCGGUAAAUAUCACAGAAAAGUGCUCCAUGCUGCUCUGUGGUCCUCUGAAGCACAACUACUGUAUGGAAGUGGGUGUCAUUUGUCAAGGCCCUCUCCCGCUUACAGAUAUGGCAAUCUCUCUCAUGUGGGUGAAAGGAAGCCCCCCCCCCCAAAAAAAAAAAAAACUCCUUCAAACUUUUUGAAAAUGAUUAAAAACGGCACAGCUCGCUGUUGCCGUGAUACCCAGCCCUCGCAACUGUUCUGAUAAGGGCUGCUGUGAUCUCAACCAGAGGGCCAAAUUUACCAUUUUUCAUUUUUUUGCCAUACGGAGAUAAAGGACUAUCACUGUAAAUUUUUCCAUCCAAUUUUGCAUUCUUUAUUUUUUCCAGCUCAAUUGGUUGAUUUUUGAAAAUGAACUUACACUGGGAGCUCAAAGGUCCCCGUGUCUUUUCUUGCCUUGUGUAGACUAUUUAAUAUGCUAGACCUUGCCACCAAAUGCUCACUGGAGUGGACGAGAACAUUUUUACAUCUGUAGGAGGAUUGCUGGAGUGGUUUUUGGCUGCCCCAUUCAUUGAAAUAGUGCAAAGAUCACACAAGGACUGUAAUGCACACUGUGCCAGUGUGGCGUGACGUCUCUCCGACACCUCUGAAAUGAUCUCCGUCAUCUGAAAAGCCUGUGAUGCCAAAUGUAUACAAUGCUAAUUGGAUUAUUGUGUGGCUUCAUUCUUAGACAAACAUUUUUUUUAAUUUACAUUUUUUUGCCAUGUUGAGGCUGAGCUGAUCCAAUUGUACUACUGUGAUCUUGACAUUUUCAAAGAUGAUUAGUUUAAUUUUGUUUUCAUGUUCUGCUUAUGAUUGAGUUCAUCGGACAAAUGCAUGCUCACUGUUUUAAGUGAACUGCACAUCCGAGUAGUCGGGAGUAUGACAUAAUACUCCAGUGACGUUAUGUUUGUUUUCAUUUCUUUUGAGAGCACUGGGAAACAAAACCACACAUACACACACAAUUCACACAAAAGACACAAUUCUUGACCCGCGUACACACUUUUAUUACGCUGUAGAUCCACUAUGCUUCUCCACUGCCAUCUGUUUCCCUGUGGUGACCACUUAGUUGUGACAUCUGGAGAUACUCAAUGCACAAAUUUACGCUGAAGUAGUGCAAAAACUGGUUCUUUAUUGACACGAUUAGGAUCUCUCUUUUUCUCUCUCUGUCUCUCUCUCUCUCUCCAUCUCAUCUUGUGUGUACCAUGCAUAGCCUCUACAGAAGCUCUGGAUCUAACUGGAAACCUUGAAACUGCGGGCAGAUGGAAUAUGAUCACUUAAAAGCCAGAAAAAGCCCCCUGUGCUGAGGGAUCAUGGGUGAACACCAGCCACCAUGUCUGUCCCCACGUCGCCAGGACGACAUCCUCCCCCAGUCAGAACCUCUCAGUGACCUUCAGACAGACCUGCCUGUGCCAUAAUGUUCGGCACUCAGGCAGGUCUACAGGUAUCACAACAGCCAAACCCAAACAGUUAGAGUAAGAAUGAGUUUAGGUCAUAUUUAAUUCAAGUCCGUUAUUUUAUAAUGUAUGUGGUUAUGAUUCGUGAGAGGAAUGUCAGCUAUAACUGGUCUUGUCACUAGUUGUAUUUUUUUUUCUACCUAAUUCAAAAUUCUCCACUUCUCUACUCUAUCUGCCUUUAUAUUUUCCUUUUUUUGUAUGUGAUCUGCUGUUUUAACCGUGGGGGUUGCUCGGGUGCUAGUAGAUAGCGCGUGGGCAGCCUCUAAAAGCAAGGAGAGAAGGGAGGAUGAGAGUGCAGCAGUUCUAUGAUGCCUAACAUCCCCUGUAUUCUGAUGUCCAAGAAACACCUCAGUCCUGGCUAGGGACAGACUGGUUGCUGUAAGCACUUUACGUAUGAUUACACACAUGGCAUUUCAGUGAGUACCAUGUAGAAGUGUUGGUGUUUCCUUCUUAUUUUAUACAUGGUUCUGUGUGCAGCCUCAAUGGAAAUGGCCUGUCUUUAUGCUGAUAAACUUGCCUAAAGCUUGGCACUCUGUAUAUAAGUCUUUAAUGCUCCUUGUAUAUAAGUUUACUGUUUCUUUUCUUUUUCUUAUCUCUGUCAACUGGUAUAUUAAGACAGAGAAAACUCUCACGUCAUCAACACUGUACAGACAAUCAUGUCUUAAUUUAUUUGCUAAAGCGGUUCUCAGUUUCAUCUCUGCUAACAAAUGGUUAGCACUGAAUCCCAUCAGAGCGGUCUGUCCGUAUAGGCAUCAGUAGGAGACUCUGUCAUGGAUGAGAUGUAACAUGUAUUCUCUAUCCCUCGAGCUAAAAGACCCUCCUCUCCAAAAGCUACUUCAAAUAACGGCCUGUCAGAGUAGACGUCAUAAGAAGAGGCUCUAGAAUAAAGACAGUGAAAUGGUGUUGUUUAAAAUGCUGCAGUGGUCCUUAAGUUUUCAUUGGUCUCCCAUGCCUAAGUUGCUGUAUUUGUGUGACCUACGCUGAUUCACUGGCUUCUGCUGGAGAUAAUGCUAUAUAAAGAUCUAAUGGCAAAGACACACAUGACACUCACCAACAACCCCUUCACAAUGCGGAGGUUUUUGUUGCAUUUUUACAUUUUAAAUUAAUCAUGUUCAACCCUGCCGCCAACCACCAGGCAAUGACUUAGGAUGCAUAUUCCCAUAAGAGUGCUCAAGCACAGACUCUUAAGACAGGAGUCUCUCUCUCUCUCUCUCUCUCUCUCUCUCUCUCUCUCUCUCUCUCUCUCUCUCUCUCUCUCUCUCUCUCUCACUCCCUCCCUCCCUCCCUCCCUCUCGGGCACUGCCGUCUCAUUGGCUCCACAGCCCAGCAGACGAAAGGGAUUAAUGACUAGUAUUAUGCCAUUUCUGCGUGUGUCUGCAUGCCUGCGGUAGUGCUCUUAUCACUAGUCCCUGGUGGGCUAGAGUAUGCCUGUUGGGCUCUCAGACCGCUCGGUUCUGGCGCCAGCUGGGCCUCACUGCUGCCCUGCGCCAAACAGAUGAGUAAAUAUGCCCGGUCCGAUAACGAGAGGUCAGAACCACCGCCUGAUGUGAAAGAGAGAGAGAGAGAGAGAGAGAGAGAGAGAGAGAGAGAGAGAGAGAGACAGAGACAGAGACAGAGACAACAUUUAUGGGUAUGCCAUCAUCCACUAACAGCUUUGGUGAGUCUAUUAAGCUACGGGCAGGAGAAAGUAUUGUUUUAAGCACCACAGAGGACUACCACUUCAUGCGUGCUCACUGUCAAGCCAGGGAGGAUGGCCACAGCAGUGGAGAUUGGGAAAGGGGAGAUGGAGGUGUGUUUGUGUGUGUGUGUGUUUGGGUGGGUGGGUUGGUGUGUGUGUGUGUCCGUGGGGGGGGGGGUCUCUGAUGGCUUGACAGUUCUCCUUGUAAUCAUUUCUGUGCCCGGUGGCUGUAUUGCAUCAGUGAAUUGUGCUCUGCAAAACCUUUUUGCUUGGUCUGAAUAAUGAAAAAAAAAAAAUGAAAAAAAAUAUUAAAAGUAUUUAUCAUGCCAAAACACAGACACUGCUGACAUGUAGCUCUGCGUGAAAAGGGUGGUUUACAAAGAACGGCGUGGUCCUGUUCUUUUUCUGGGUCUGAGUGAGUAGCUACACAUUGCUAGACUUGGGUGGACAGGGCCAUCACACCUGAGGGCCCUUGAUAACUCAUGACGAAAUUCCUCCAACCUCAGUACAAAUGCCACAAGCCCUUUCUCUGUCUCCCUACCCUCCUCCCAAUCAAUAUCUCGUUAGUCUUUCAAUAACAUGCUACAGUAACAAGAAAAGGUGUGUACACAGUCGUGGCAAAGAUCAAUAUAUAGCAAAUCAAAAGUUAUAAACUGUAUUGUCAUGGUGAAAAUAAAAAUAAAAGUCAUCGAGUAAACCACUAUUUUCAUGCAGUGGCCCUCUAUAUCAAUAGAAAGAAAAGAAAAAAAAUGUAUUUUACCUGUAUCAGUCUGUGAAUCUAUGAUGCUUUUGCUCUGUAUAUUUGGGAAAGAAAAAUGAAAACCAGAUAAAAACAAAA